GCGUUGGGGCUCCCGGCGGCGGCGGCGGCGGCGGCGACGACGACGACGACGGAGGCGGCGCCUGAAGCAGCGGCGAAGCCCAUGGUCCGGAACGGCGGGCGGACCCGGAGAGACGAGUCCGGGGCCCGGGGCAUGUCCCCGGGGCCCCCGUGAGGAGGAGGCGGCGGCGGCGAUGGAGAUCCCGCCGCAGGAGGCUCCGCCCGGGCCGGGCGCCGGCGCCGACGCCGACGCGGACGCCGAGGAGGCCCCGGCCGAAGCCGGCUCUCCUAGCGCGGCCUCGCCCCCGGCCGACGGGCGCCUCAAGGCUUCAGCCAAGCGCGUCACGUUCCCGUCGGACGAGGACAUCGUGUCCGGAGCCGUGGAACCCAAAGACCCCUGGAGACACGCCCAAAACGUGACCGUGGAUGAAGUGAUCAGUGCCUACAGGCAGGCCUGCCAGAAGCUGAACUGCAGACAGAUCCCCAAGCUCCUCAGGCAGCUGCAGGAGUUCACGGACCUUGAGCAACGCAUCAACUGCCUGGACCUGAAAGGGGAGAAGCUUGACUACAAGGCCUGUGAGGCUCUGGAGGAGGUCUUUAAGAGGCUGCAGUUCAAGGUUGUGGACCUGGAACAGACCAACUUGGAUGAAGACGGUGCGUCCGCCCUCUUUGACAUGAUUGAGUACUACGAGUCAGCCACCCACCUCAACAUCUCCUUCAACAAGCACAUUGGCACCCGGGGCUGGCAGGCUGCUGCCCACAUGAUGCGCAAGACAAGUUGCCUACAAUACCUAGAUGCCCGCAACACACCCCUGCUGGACCAUUCUGCGCCCUUUGUGGCCCGCGCUCUACGCAUCCGCAGCAGCCUGGCAGUGCUGCAUCUGGAGAAUGCCAGCCUGUCUGGGAGGCCCCUCAUGCUGCUGGCCACAGCUCUGAAGAUGAACAUGAACCUACGGGAGCUGUACUUAGCAGACAACAAGCUCAAUGGCCUGCAGGACUCAGCCCAGCUGGGCAACUUGCUCAAGUUCAAUUGCUCCCUGCAAAUCCUGGACCUGAGAAACAACCAUGUGCUAGACUCAGGUCUGGCCUACAUCUGCGAGGGGCUCAAGGAGCAGAAGAAGGGUCUGGUGACCCUGGUGCUGUGGAACAACCAGCUCACACACACAGGCAUGGCCUUCUUGGGCAUGGCGCUGCCGCACACACAGAGUCUGGAGACCUUGAACCUGGGCCACAACCCCAUUGGGAACGAGGGUGUGCGCAACCUCAAGAAUGGACUCAUCAGCAACCGGAGUGUGCUGCGCCUCGGCCUGGCCUCAACCAAGCUCACAUGCGAGGGCGCGGUGGCCGUGGCAGAGUUCAUCGCCGAGAGCCCCCGCCUCCUGAGACUGGACCUCCGGGAGAACGAGAUCAAGACGGGCGGGCUCAUGGCGCUGUCCUUGGCCCUCAAGGUGAACCACUCCCUGCUUCGCCUGGACCUGGACCGAGAGCCCAAGAAGGAGGCGGUGAAGACCUUCAUUGAGACGCAGAAGGCACUACUGGCCGAGAUCCAGAACGGCUGCAAGCGCAACUUCGUGCUGGUGCGAGAGCGGGAGGAGAAGCCGCAGCUGUCGGUCUCCAUGCCCGAGAUCACCGUCACCGCGCCCCAGCCCCUGGGAGAGCCUGGGGACCUGCCAGCCGAGGGGGCACACAAUGGGGCCCCUGGCCCGGACUCGGACUCGGACUCGGACCGGGAGGAGCAGGAGGAGGAAGAGGAGAAGCAGGAGGACCAGCAGAGGGAUGAGGGCGGCGCUGAGCAGAGUCCCUCAGCCCCCUGCCCUGCCCUCAUGCCCUCCACGGACUCCCUCGGCCCCGGGGACCGGAGCCCCCCAGGCAGCCCCGCCUCCCCCACUGAGCAGCGCAUUUCUGUCUCCAGCCCGGGCCGAGGCCACAAGGUGUUUGUGGUGACCCGGGUGGAGAGUCCACCCGAGAGGCCAGAGCCCCCUGUCCCCCCGACCUUCGUCUCCUCCCCUCCACCCUCUCCUCCCUCCCCACCUGCCUCUCCACCAUCUCAGACCAUGGACAUCCGGGACCCAGAGUCAUCCGAGGCUCAGCUCCAGCCGGAGCCAUCUCAGGCAGGGCAGCCUCUGCCCAACGGCCUGAAGCCUGAGUUUGCCCUCGCACUGCCCCCAGAGCCACCCCCAGGGCUGGAGGCUAAGGGGGGCAGCUGCAGCCGGGAGCACGCGCUGCACCGCCCCCAGGGCGCCCGCAAGCUGGAGGAACUGCUCCUAGAGGCCAGCCAGGAGGCCCCGCGGGACACACUGUGACACUUUCUUUAGUUCCGGCUGCUCUGUGAUGAGCUGAAGCCAUCCCAAGGAUCUGCCGACUCCCCGCCUAGUCCCCCAGGAAGCCAGGCGGGGUACCCCAGGCCUCGCUGCAGGAACACUACAGCCACAAGGGGCGCAGGGCUGGGAGAGGCUUCCCAGACUUGAAAGCAAAGCACGUAUUUAUGUGU